GGUGCCAUACAACAUAGGGGUAAGUGUGUCCCUGGGUUAAGUGCAUAUCAUCUGGGUGUGUGAGAUAAGUGCUAAAGCGUGUAUCUGUAAAUGUGUGUCUGGGUCAUAAAGUGUUGAAGUGUAUAUCUGGGUGUGUGAGUUGGGUGCCAAAGAAUGUGUGCCGGGGGUCACUAAUUGUGUUUGUGUAUGACCGGGUGUGUGAGUUGGGUGCCAAAGAGUAUAUGGGUGUGUUCUGUAUCAUUGUGUGUGUGCAUGUCUGUCUAUGUCUGGGUGUAUGAGUUGGGUGCCACAGAGUAUAUCUGUGUGUGUGUGCAUGGGUCAUUAUAUGCUUAUGUAUGUCUGAGUGUCUCAGUUGGGUGCUACAUAGUGUAUCGCUGAAUGUGUGCCUGGGUCAUAAUGUGCAUUUGUAUAACCGGUUGUGUGAGCUGGGUGCUACAGAGUGUAUCUCUGAAUGUGUGAGCUGGGUGCUACAUAGUGUAUCUCUGACAGUGUGCCUGGGUUAUUAUAUAUAACCGGGUGUGUGAGCUGGGUGCCAUGGAGCAUCUGGGCGAGUGUUUGCCUGUGUCAUUAUGUGUUCCUGUCUGUGCAUGUUGGGUGCCAAAGAGUGUAUGGGUAGGUGUAUCUGUGUGCCUUUGUAUGUCCGGUUGUGGGUUUGUGUCUGUCUGUAUGCACAGGUGAUUGUGUAGCCAUGAGAGAUAGAGAGACACCUUCUUUCCUGAUGCUGCCAGUUGCUUGUCUGCAGGUCCGACCUUCCAGAGCUGGCAGCAGCCCCAGUCCCAUUCUCCACUGACCGAUUCAGGCGCCGCCUUAGUCCCAGCGUUAUGUGAGCGACGGGCUGACAGGCUAAUAAGGAGGCGGCCGCUGUCUGCCUCCCAGCCACAUAGUCGCAGCCAGCCAGUCGGGUGGCUCUGGGCGGGUCUGAGAUCAGCCCCCCCUCCUGUACGGUUUAUUGAGAGUUGUAUGAAGAAAUCCAGUUCAGAGGGAAGGAGGGAGGGCUGGUGAGUGCGGCGCUCAGAGGAGAGUAGUACCGAGAGCAUCUUCUGCUUCUAUUUAUCUGGGGAUUUCUUGCAACUGUCAGCGCUGCUGCGAUAGCUACACAUCCUUCAACCCUUACUUCAACUAUCGCAACUUGCAGCACUUGGGCUCCCGUUGGUUGUUUUUUUUUUUUAUUACGGCGAUAAUGUAACAGAUUGUAACGAUCCUGAUCCUCGAUGGGGAAUGUAAGUGGCUGGAUGUGUCCAAGUGGAUAUGUUACUGUUUGUGAAUGUCCCUGCCCGGAGCCCGGCACUGCUGCUCCCCGCGGAGGGCGCGAUUUGCCAGGAAACUGAGCGAUUUGUGUUCCCUUGGAGUUGCUCUUUCACCAUCCUAAGGAAACGCUUGGGCUUGGGAUUGGCAAACUGCUACUGAUUGCUUGCUGCCAGGAACUAUUGGAUGGCUUCCCGAAUCCAUAGACCCUAUUCCAGCAGGGACCAAAUGGAAAGUACAGUAUAGAAGUUGUCUAGGGGCUGUGAAUCUGAAUUGUGCUGCCUUCUAUUCUCCUGUGUCUUUUCCCGUGAUGUAAAUCUGUGUGUGGGAGAGUACUAUGAAGGCACUGGCUGCAUCUACCUGCCUAGAUCACUCUGAUGGAACUAAUCGCAUGCAUCAGCCUCCCCACCGCCUAAUGCAGCUAAGACUAGUGCUUAGGAACUGGCCAGUCUGAGCAAACCCACUGCUUGGGGUGCGAGCACCCUCUUCAUCAGCACCCGGAAAGCAUUCUACUUCUGCUGCACUACCAACCAACCGACAGAAUGUACGAGUAUUAACUCUUUGGAUGGCCAAUCUGUAUUAGAGCAUUGCUCAAUGGUUUCAUUUGCAUUCCGUUAUUUUACUGCUGAUCCGAUGGCUGCGCUAUAACUGGAUGGAAACCCGCUCACUUCUGCUGAGUCCAAUUAGAAAUGAGAUGUAAGAGAUCGUACUACCCAUGCACGCCUCCUCCUCCUCUUCCUCAGUGACAUUUAACUCCUGAAAAAUCCAAGCAACAUCCAAGUACAUUAUCAUGAACCUAAGGGAUUUUUACCUGUUGGCUGCUCUUAUUGCCUGCUUAAGGCUGGAUUCUGCAAUCGCCCAAGAACUUAUUUAUACCAUCCGAGAGGAACUGCCUGAAAAUGUACCAAUAGGGAAUAUACCAAAGGAUCUGAAUAUCUCCCAUAUAAAUGCUGCCACUGGAAGCAGCACCAGCCUUGUCUACAGACUGGUUUCUAAAGCUGGGGACUCUCCACUGGUCAAGGUGUCCAGCAGCACUGGAGAAAUCUUCACCACCUCCACCAGGAUAGACAGAGAGAAGCUAUGUGCCGGCUCGUCUAAUUCAGAUGAAAAUGAGUGUUUCUUUGAACUUGAAGUAGUUAUACUUCCCAAUGACUUUUUCAGGCUCAUCAAGAUAAAGAUAAUCGUCAAGGAUACCAAUGAUAACGCGCCUAUGUUCCCAUCUACUGUCAUCAAUAUAUCGAUACCAGAAAACACUCUUAUCAAUAGUCGGUUUCCCAUCCCAUCAGCAGUGGAUCCCGACACAGGCUUUAACGGCGUCCAGCACUAUGAGUUAUUAAAUGGACAGAGUGUCUUUGGGCUGGAUAUUGUUGAAACACCAGAGGGGGAAAAGUGGCCGCAACUUAUUGUGCAGCAGAACUUGGACAGAGAACAGAAAGAUACAUAUGUGAUGAAAAUCAAAGUGGAAGAUGGUGGGACCCCUCAGAAAUCCAGCACUGCUAUCCUGCAAGUUACAGUAAGUGAUGUAAACGACAACAAACCAGUAUUUAAGGAAAGUCAGGUGGAGGUGCACAUCCCAGAAAAUGCCCCCAUUGGGACUUCAGUCGUUCAGCUACACGCGACUGACGCAGAUAUAGGAAGUAAUGCUGAAAUCAAGUAUAUCUUUGGUGCCCAAGUGACAUCUGCCACCAAGAGACUUUUUGCUUUAAACAACACCACAGGGCUAAUAACAGUGCAAAGGCCACUAGACCGGGAAGAGACUGCAGUCCACAAGUUAACUGUUCUGGCAACCGAUGGCAGCUCCACCCCUGCAAGGGCGACAGUGACCAUUAACGUGACUGAUGUUAACGAUAACCCUCCUAACAUCGAUCUCAGGUACAUCAUAAGUCCCAUCAAUGGCACCGUAUACUUAUCUGAGAAGGAUCCCAUCAACACAAAGAUCGCCCUGAUUACCGUUUCUGAUAAAGACACUGACGUGAAUAGCAAAGUGAUCUGCUUCAUCGAGAGAGAGGUUCCCUUCCACCUGAAAGCAGUCUAUGACAACCAGUAUUUGUUAGAAACUUCUUCCCUAUUGGACUAUGAGGGCAUCAAAGAAUUCAGCUUUAAAAUAGUCGCAGCCGACACUGGAAAGCCCAGCCUCAACCAGACAGCCUUGGUGAGAGUAGAGCUGGAGGAUGAGAAUGACAACCCCCCGAUUUUUAGCCAGCCUGUCAUUGAACUCUCAGUUUCUGAAAACAAUCGCCGAGGCCUCUACUUGACCACUGUUAGUGCAUCUGAUGAAGACAGUGGCAAGAACUCGGACAUAGUUUAUCAGCUUGGCCCCAACGCUUCUUUUUUCGAUCUCGACCGAAAAACGGGAGUUCUGACAGCUUCUAGGGUGUUUGACAGAGAGGAGCAGGAGCGAUUUAUCUUCACUGUCACAGCCAGAGACAAUGGGACUCCCCCACUCCAGAGCCAAGCAGCCGUCAUUGUCACUGUCCUGGACGAGAACGACAACAGCCCUAAAUUUACUCACAACCACUUUCAGUUUUUUGUCUCUGAGAACCUGCCGAAGUACAGCACCGUGGGGGUUAUAACAGCCACUGAUUCCGAUGCAGGGGAAAACAAGGCCGUCACCCUCUCUAUUCUAAAUGACAAUGAGAACUUUGUGUUGGAUCCAUAUUCGGGGUUAAUCAAGUCGAAUGUUUCUUUUGACAGAGAGCAGCAGAGUUCCUACACGUUUGAUGUCAAAGCAGUAGAUGGGGGUCAGCCUCCACGUUCCUCCACGGCCAAAGUCACCAUUAAUAUAAUGGACGCUAAUGAUAAUAGCCCUGUAGUUAUCUCCCCACCAUCCAACACAUCGUUUAAGCUGGUGCCUCUCUCAGCCAUACCAGGCUCUGUGGUUGCAGAGGUAUUUGCUGUGGAUACUGACACUGGCAUGAACGCUGAACUGAAAUACACCAUUGUUAGUGGAAACAAUAAAGGCUUGUUUAGGAUUGACCCAGUAACCGGCAACAUUACUCUUGAGGAGAAGCCAAGUGCUGCAGAUGUUGGCCUUCAUCGCCUGGUGGUCAACAUAAGUGACUUAGGAUACCCCAAGCCCUUGCACACUCUGGUACUGGUCUUCUUGUAUGUCAAUGAAACUGCUGGAAAUGCCUCAUAUAUCUACGAUUUGAUAAGGAGGACUAUGGAAACACCCCUAGACAGGAAUAUUGGGGACAGCAGCCAACCUUACCAGAAUGAGGAUUAUCUUACAAUUAUGAUCGCCAUUGUGGCAGGCGCUAUGGUGGUGAUAGUGGUCAUCUUUGUCACAGUGCUGGUGAGAUGUCGCCAUGCCUCCAGGUUUAAGGCAGCCCAAAGGAGCAAGCAAGGAGCAGAGUGGAUGUCACCAAACCAAGAGAACAAGCAGAAUAAGAAAAAGAAAAGGAAGAAAAGGAAAUCUCCCAAGAGUUCCCUGCUGAACUUUGUCACUAUUGAGGAGUCUAAACCAGAUGACACUGUACACGAACCCAUCAACGGGACAAUAAGCCUCCCAGCUGAGCUGGAGGAACAAGGGAUAGGACGAUUUGACUGGGGUACCACUCCACCAACAACCUUCAAGCCCAAUAGCCCUGACCUAGCAAAGCAUUACAAAUCUGCCUCUCCGCAGUCUACUUUUCACCUAAAAGCAGACACCCCAGUAUCUGUGAAAAAGCACCAUGUGAUUCAGGAACUUCCUUUGGACAACACCUUUGUGGGGGGUUGUGACACCCUCUCCAAACGCUCUUCCACUAGUUCAGAUCACUUCAGUGCCUCAGAGUGCAGUUCCCAGGGAGGCUUCAAGACUAAAGGUCCCUUACACACCAGACAGAAUCCGACACCAGGGACUGGUGGGAAGACUCUAUCUCCAUGCAGAGUACCCUGCGGUCUCCCCUCUGGCGUCCCCACUGUACAUUGCAACUGCCUUGCUUGUACUGCGACUUUGUUGCACACUCCCAGCGACUAUGGAAAACUCAUUUAUAGGACUGAUGCUGCUCCGUCACUAGCCACAGACACCUUUUCACCGACCCUGGUUUUUUCUGUUAGGGGGCAAGACUUACCGUUACAUGAGAUAUUGAGUGCUUCUUGUGACAACAGUGCUAUGCAGUCCCAGCGCCGUGUUACAUUUCACCUCCCUGAUGGUUCCCAAGAAAGCUGCAGUGACAGUGGUUUAGGAGACCAUGAUCCUGUGGGUAGCGGAACUCUGAUCUCACACCCUCUUCCUCUGGUUCAGCCACAGGAUGAAUUCUAUGACCAAGCUUCCCCGGACAAGAGGACUGAAGCAGAUGGUAACUCUGACCCCAACUCUGAUGGACCACUUGGCCCUCGAGGAUUAGCUGAAGCCACUGAAAUGUGUACUCAAGAAUGUUUAGUGCUCGGACACUCUGAUAACUGUUGGAUGCCCCCAGGUCUUGGUCCUUAUCAACAACCAAAAUCACCUCUUUCCACCUUUGCACCUCAAAAAGAUUGGCUUACUAAGGACAGAUUAGUUAAUGGGCACACAUUGACAAGAAACUGGAAAGAAGACAGCAACAAAAACCAAUUCAAUGAUCGAAACCAAUAUGGGAGUAGUGACGGACAUUUUACCAGUGGAAAUCAUACAAGUGACAUUCCUUUGGCUACUUUGAAGCCCUAUAAGCAAGUCUCAGGUGCUGUGGAUAGCCCAAAGGAACAGCAACUAUAAAUUUUUGGACUAGUGACUUUAGCCAAACUAGAUUUGCUAAUAAUGUGUGUCAAAGCUUAAUGUACUGAGUAGACCUCUAGAAGAACUAUGCUUCGUAUACCAAGAAUAUGCAUACUUUUGUGUUAACACCAUUGGAAAUGUGGUGUUUUACUCUAUGUGAAUAAAAUAUUUUUAAUGUGUGGAUAUAUUUUGGUGAACUGGGUUGACUUUUUUUUUCUUUCCUUUUUCUUUUUCUUCGUUUUUAAAUUAUUUUACCCUGGACUGCUGCUAAAGACUGCAGGAAACAUUUAACUAGAAAGGUGUAGGGAAUCUGUUUGGAUUGUUGUAGUUGGAAGCAGAUCAAAGUAGAUGAAUUGUGGUCUUGUUGUUGUUAAUAUGUGCUGGAACAGUUAUACUUGACAUCAUAUUUCAAAAUAAACCAGCUAAAUCUAUACAAUUAAACCUAUUGUGCUAUUAAUAAUGUUAGUGGACACUUGUAUGUCAAAAAAGAGUGUUUCAAAUACUUGUAAAUAGAAACAAGUUAAUACUAACAACUUUUAUGUACUUAUAAAAAGUUCUAUUAUAUACUGUAGCAUACAUUUGUGUCAAGGUUGCAUUUGAUUACUUUGUUUUAUUGGUUUUUCAGGUUCUCAGUGUUGAGUGUUUCAGUGUUUUUGUCCAACAUAUGAUACUGCAACGACUUUGAAACACUUGUGUUAAUGUCUAGAAGAUCAUGCUUUCGUGUGGUAGAGAAGUAUGCUGACCUUUUAGCAAUUAAAAACUGUUCUCUCAAAUAUGCAUUUUUUAAAAAAAAUAUAACAUAGCUUUUAUUUUGUCCAGCAGACAGAAAUGAUUCCAAUAUUAAUAAAGGAGACUCUAGCUCUAUUUUAACCUCUAUCUUACAGGUAAAACUAAUUGUAACCUUGAAAAAAUUGAUUCCAUUUCUGAUUUAUCUGUGAAAACAGUUUAUAUUGCUGACAAGACAGCUUUUGUUGCUUGUGUAUCAUUAUAACACAAGUGUUUUCAACCAUAUCCGCAAAAUAUAUAAUGUGUCGUAGCCAUAGUGUAUAAAAGCAUACUCUUAGAAGACCUUUUGGCAGGUAUGGUUAAUUAACUUUUUUUUUUUAGUAUUAUGUACUGCUAAUUAAAUAUUAUUUGCCAAUUCCUGGCAAAAAAAAAAAAUAUUUUUACAUGAUUGUUGGUCAAAAUUGAAUUCCCAUGUUCAUAGGUUCUCAGUUGCACGCAGACAUAAACUGGAACAUCCUAUCAAAGUUUUUGUUUAGGCAUGAUGGAAGAUUAAAGCAACUAAUUAGCAUGCACAGUUCCUUACAGAAAAAUAUUAUGCCACGUUAAAUAUAUUUGUUUUUAAUUUUGUUAAUUGGAUGGUUAUAUUUCUCCCAAAAUGUUGUGUUUAGCAACUCACAUUUUUAUCCACAAUGUAGGAGUGAAAAAGGGGGCAGGGUGCAUUGCUUAUUGCAGCUGUUUGUUGGUUUGUGAGGGGUGUUUGAUUAUGACAGAAUAUGUAUCUAACCAGUUAUCCUCGUUACUGCUUUGCCAGAUCAACGUUAUUUACAGUUAUUUAGCUCUUGCAAUAAAUGUUUUAAAAUCUCAAA